UCUAAAGUAAAAUACCACCGCUUCGCAUGCCGCUCUCUCAUCGCAGUCCUAUAAAAGUCCUCCAGCACUCCUCUCUAACAACUCCCUACUCCGCCAACCCUCAUAUCCCCACCACGGCUCCUAGCCCAGCAAAUCCACCUUCAACCGGCCAAUAGCCAAGCUCUAAUUCAACAACGACAAGCUCCUGCCUGAGCCCCAGACCGCAUUGCCUACCACCCACAAUGGCUAUCCUCAAAAACCUCAUCAUCUCCGCCGUCGGCGACGUUGCCCCAGGCUCUGGCAAAGACUACUCACAGCUGCGGAAAUGGGUCGAAGCGAACGGCGGGCGAUGGAUGCCGCGCGUUAUGAAGGGCAUCACACACCUCAUCUGCUCGAAGGAGGCGUGGAAGAAAGACGUCGAACAAGUCCAGGUAGCAAAGAAACUCAACGCCUUCGUCGUCAGCUACGACUGGCUGGAGGACUCGCUCCAAGGCCGGCGCAAGCUCGCCGAGCACAAGUACACGUGGGAAGUUCUGAGGAGGCAGCAGAAGAAAAUCAAGAAAAUCAAGAAGAUGGGGAGACAAGCGGAUACGGCAAAAUUCCGCAAGGGCUGCGAAAAAGCGCAAGAGGAUAUCGGCUCAGGUACGUCUUCGCGCAAGCGUUCCAAGGGCGGUUUCUUUGCUAGUGCGCUGGACGAUCUGAAGAAGAGGAGGGAGGAGCGGGAGGUGGAGGAGAAGGCUAGGAGGCAGGGUAGGGCUGACGGCUCUGGGAUAGGGGCAUCUGGAGUAGCGUCUGAGGGAAGGGUCGAGGGUCAGGGUGAGGUUCCGACUUCUCCUGUCCAAACUCCUCCAUCUCUAGCUAUGCCCAAUCCUACCCCUCCUCCUCUCUCUAUCCCCAAAGCCCAGUCCAAAGCCCCGCCUAAUCCCAAGCCCUCCGAUGGGAUCCUUGGUCCUAGCUCCGCUCCCGCGCCCGCUUCUGCUCCUACGCCCGGUUGCUGUUCGAACCCACCCACUCCCACCUACUCCCAACCUCCCACUAAUAAGCUCAAAGACCUCUACCACGUCUACACCGACACCACCGGCUUCACCUACGACCUGCUUCUCCUGCGCCAAAACCCCUUCCUCAACACCUUUGCAAAGUACGAACUGCGGCUGUACGAAUCGCACGCGAAGCCGCAUGUAUAUUGCACGUUCGUGCGGUAUACGCCUCCCGCGAGCUCUACAUCGUCGGCUCCGUCCGGGGUCCCAAUCAUUCCCUCGCGGAUCAGGGGAAUGCAUGACGGUGCGGCCGUGGGCAAUAGUAGUGGUGGAGACAACAAGCAAGGAGGAGGCACUGCCUCGAACGAAAAAGCCCGCCUCGAUGCCCUGAUUACAGAACCAACCGCCCGAGACGACGCGCCCUACAAAGCCCUCCUCGUCCCCGCAAACAGCGCCUUUCCCCCCGCCUUCGCCGCCUUCCGCCACGCCUUCCGCGACCUCACCCUCCUCACCUGGGAAGAGCGCCUCGACGACGCAGAAACCCACCCGCUGCAGCGCGCCCGCGCCCAGGCCCUCGCCAUCGAGCCGUUUCUCUGGAAAGCGCGCCCCGUGCCCGGUCUCCCCGUCGGUCUGCUGCCCGCUGUCCCCCUCCCGACGGCCGCAGAUGCUAGCUAUGUGCGCAACCGGUGGAAUCUGCCCGGCGUCCAGGCGCCCUUGUCGACCACCGGCGGCGCUAUCGGCUCCGCGCUGCAUCGCGAGGCGGAGGAGACGCGCAAGCGGGAAGAAGACGCCGCGCGUUUCAGGGCUGAAGCUAGGGAGAAGACGAAGGGGGGAGCGAGGAAGCCGAAUUGGAAUAAGCCGCUGUUUAAUGGGGUGAAUGGACGCCCGAGGACGGAUGCGUAUGGCAGGUACGUGGAUUUUAGGAGCGGUGUGACGGGGGCCGGGGUGCCGGGUAGUAGGCCUGGAGGAGGAAGCGCGACGGGGAGAGCGGUGGUGCUGGAUAGGAGUGGUCAGAGGGGUUGGAUUAGGGGGACGAAGUUUGGCUAUGAGGGGUGAGGGAGU